GGGACCCGCAUAGCGUUCCCCACUCCCAAAAAUGUCGGGCGCAUUCCCUGUUACCGAGGCUCAGCUCGUGGCCCUAUUUAUGGAGGCGGUCACGUACGGCAUCUACGUCGUGACCCUUGUCCGCUGCGCGUACACUCUGUUCUUUGACCGGCAGGGCCUCAAACGGACGAUCAACUGGCCCAUGGUCGUUGUCAUGGUUGUCAUGGCCAUUUUCGCGACCCUUGACGUCACCCUGGGGCUGCGGCACAUCCUAGUCGCGUUCGUCUUCUACCAAGGGCCCGGCGGGCCUGCAGGAGAAUUUGACGAUAUCUCAUAUUGGGUAAACGUCAUGAAGACGGUUGACACACAGGUCAUGUCUCUCAUCGGCGAUGGAAUGCUAAUCUACCGCUGCUUUGUGAUCUUUUCGCACAGCUGGGCCAUCGCGGCCGUGCCUAUCUUGAUGUGGCUCGCGGAUGUCGCCUGCUCAGUGAUGAUCAUCCUAAUCACAGCGACCCUGCACACCGACACGCUCAUCAGCCAGCAGAAGCUGCUGAAGCCGUUCCUUUACUCGUUCUUUGCUAUCACCAUCGCUCUCAACUUCCUUACUACAAGCCUUAUUGUGUGGAAAAUUAGAAAGAUCAACAGGGGGGCCUUGUCCCAUGUUGCGCAGAACUCCCCAGGUAGCAGACGGCCCAAGACGCGCCUCCAGCAUGUCAUCCGCAUCAUUAUCGAGUCUGGCAUGCUCUACACUCUGUUCGUCAUUCUUACCUUCGUCUGCGAACUCGUAGGCAGCAACGCCAUCUAUGGCGUCUCGGACAUGAUGGUUGUCAUCGUCGGCAUCUCCUUCAACCUGAUCAUCAUUCGCGUCGACAGCACAGCGAACAGCCCAAACUCGUUCGCAGUCGAGAGUGCUGCGCCGCGGGGGAGCUUCCCGCUGCACCUCGUGCGCUCGGGAGGUGGAACUGCCACGCGCGGCGUCGAGGUCAUGAUUUCGCGCGACGUCGACCACGCCGUGGACACCGUCAAGCACGAGUCAAUCAAGUCGGGCGAGGAGCGCAAUUACUGGUCCGCCGUGUAAUCUGCUGUUGUUUAGCUGGGAUAGGCUGUGUGUAUCUUCAUUGGCCAUUGUUGUACUUCGGCUGUGCUAGUGGUCAUUUCUCUCUCUAAAUAGGGCCGUGGAGUACAAGACUAUGAUGUGUGUAAUUAGGAUGGAAUUG